UACCGUGCAUCUGUAACACAGAGAAUAAACCGUGAGAUAUAUUCCACUGUAGCACUGAUUUUUACAGAUUUGUAGCUUGAUAAGGUAAGGGAAAUCUAUCUUCCUUCAUAGUUGGGGACCAGAGGACGGAUGAUGCCAUCCAUCAGCUAGCAUUUGAGCAUACGGUGUAACGGUGGUCUCAAUAGGCCUUACCGGUGAAGGCCAGUGCCAGUCCAAACGAGUCUCUGGCUCCUCGUCGUGGUGAGCACCCGGGCAGCUCAAACAUCAACUGCUGAACGUGCUGCAAAUUGAAGGACUUGUCAGGUCCAUUGGCGCUGAUGAAAACUUCAAAACCUAACUAUCAGUGGACUCGGCGCCGAAGAAAUACGCACGCGCUACCUGCAGUUGGUCAAGUUGUGUCGCUUGCUUUACUACACUAGAGGACUUGAACAAGUUUAUGGUGUCAUUUCCAAGAUGGAGGCUCCAAGGGAAAAAGAACACCUGCUUUCGUUGAAAGUCAUGCGGUUGACCAAAUCCUCAUUCAUCACCACAACUCCAGUAUUAUUUGAGGCCAGGGAUAUAGCAGGUGGCUCUGCAGGAGGUACAUUAAGCGACAUCUCGCCUGGUCUUGGCCUACCCUCUGGCUUGGAAUGCUUCGGUGUUGGAGAGUUACUCAUGCUCCCGCAGAACUUUGGGAGCAUCUAUCUGGGAGAGACCUUCUCCUGCUACGUCAGCGUCCACAAUGACAGCAGUCAAGUGGUCAAGGACAUCCUGCUCAAGACAGAUCUCCAGACCAGCUCGCAGCGCUUGACGCUGUCCGGCUCGGGCACACCGCCCCACGGGGAGCUGACACCCUCGCAGUGCAUCGACGAGGUCAUCCACCACGAAGUCAAGGAGCUCGGCACUCACAUUUUGGUCUGUGCUGUUAGUUACACGACCCAGGCUGGAGAAAACAUGUACUUCAGAAAGUUCUUCAAGUUCCAGGUUUUGAAACCCCUAGAUGUCAAGACAAAAUUCUACAAUGCAGAGGAUUAUGUAUCGGAUGAGGUUUAUCUGGAAGCUCAAAUCCAGAACAUCACUCAGUCGCCGAUGGUCAUGGAACGAGUCUUACUGGAGCCCACAGCCGAGUACACAGUCCGGGAACUGAACGUGAUAGAACCAGACAACAAAAGCAGCUCGGAAACAACGUUUGGGAGCUUCAGCUAUCUCAAUCCCCUGGACACCAGGCAGUACCUGUACUGUUUGAACACUAAACCCCUGCCUGGCUCAGACAAGCCCGCUGUCAUCAAAGGCGUGUCCAACAUCGGCAAGCUGGACAUAGUCUGGAAGACCAGCAUGGGCGAGAGAGGCCGCCUACAGACCAGUCAGUUACAAAGAAUGGCUCCUGGGUAUGGCGAUGUCAAACUGAACGUAACCAGGGUACCAGACUCCAUCACCAUAGAGAAACCAUUCCAGAUCCAAUGCAGAAUCACCAGCUGCUGCGAGCGGACAAUGGACCUGAAGCUUGUCCUGAACAACACGGAGAACGGACUGAUGUGGCUGGGCGUCUCUGGCCAGCAGUUGGGUAAACUGGGUCCCGGGGCCAGCAUGGACAUAGAGCUGACCUUGUUGGCUACGGUUCCAGGACUACAGAGUGUGUCUGGCUUGCGACUGACGGACACUUACCUGAAGAGAACGUAUGAGCACGACGACGUGGCACAGAUAUUUGUCUACUCGGAGCAAUUAGUCGGUGCAUGAAGAAGCUUUUCUCCAGUACUUCGCCAUCGGCUAAUGUCUACGACUGAACCUGCUUGGAACUCGGGGGGGGGGGAACCUCACUACCCUACAUGGUUCCGACGUAAAACCUCAGACACCAAUUACUCUGGAAGAUGAGAGAUUGGAAUUGUUCAGAAACCUUGUAUACUUGUGGAGCCUGUUUCAGCAAUCCGGCAUGCGUUUGUACACCUGGUCAGCCUGAGUUUUUGUUGGCAGACAGUCGUCAACACUCGGCUUCUCAGUGCCAGUCGUUCAAAUCUUCGUAUAAGACUUUCAGAGUAACCAGUGUUGUAGUUGAGACCGUCGCCAGACCAGACACAAGACCAUGCACCAGACCAGUCACACGUAACAGG